AUGGCGAUAGGAUCGAAGAUUGAGCUUGGCCGGGUAAUACGAUUAGUUUUAUUUAUUUCUCUUUUUGUAUUUCUGGUGAUAAUUGGGGUCAAUGUCGUUUUAGUUACAGCUAUCAGUUCUUUUGGGAGAGUAAACCUACAAUUAUAUAUGUGUUAUUCUAAAUAAUGUUAAUAAUCUUACCAGACUUAAACUAAUCUGUUCCGGUACGCUAAGCUACGUGAGAACUCGCCAACAAGACUGCGCUCAUGCGGAACCCAGCGUGAAUUCUUUUUCUUAAAAUUAAAUUAUACAACUUUCGUACUUCCCAGCGAAGUAUUUGUCAUUAGUCGUUCUGUUUUUCCAAACAUUAUUUUUUUACAAUUUACGUAAAAGGAUCAGUGUGAUCCUUGUUAUUUAUAGCUCAUGUCUGACCUUUAAGACAUAACAGUAAACUUAAACAAACUGCUACACAACUAGAGUAAAAUGUCUGCACAGCCCCAUGCAUUCAUUAUGCUUGCAUGUUCUAACUCUAUUUUAUGUAUUAACUUAUUUAUGUAAAAUUGCAACUGAGAUUGCUGCAUGCACUUUUUUUAUGUACCUGGGUGGAAAUCUUACUCAAACCAGCUUUCUGGUGUUCCAAUCUUACAUGUUUUUAUGCCUGAAACAAAAACAGCUAAUCACACAAUAAUGACACUACAUGUAUGUCCAGGGUAGGGUGGGAGGAAGUCUUUACUUGCACAUGCCUCAUUGAGUAGAUGCUUUUGAAUUAUAGUGAAAAGAAAGUAAGCAAGAAAAGCAUUUCAUAGACCUAGCUCAGAUUCUGCACUGAGCUGAGCUUCUGAUCCAAAGUGAAGAAAAAAACUGUCUAUACCUGUUGAUUCAGACACCAAAUUUGAUAAACUUAGUUUGUUAGGUUUACAAUAAGCUUAACUGAUACUGGCAGCUGACAUCCCAACAGUAAUUACAACUUUAAAUGAAGAUUUGAUCGGCACAGUGGUAAUUGAAAUUAAACAAUUGCCAAUUAACCCCUCCCCCCCCCCCCCCAAAAAAGAAAUUGUUACUCCAGUGGGAUUCAAACCCAUGGCCUCUGUGUUAGCACUGCAAUUCUCUAGUUAAUUGAGCUAUGGAGACCCAUACAUUAGCAGCAGGCCAAUUUGUUUAGUCAAUGUAAUUGUUCCUUAUUGAUUCAGACACAGAACUUUUUAUGUACUUAAUUUAAAGCAUACAUGCAAGGUUCAGGUUUUGAAUAUUCAGCAUCUGAAGUGGGCCUUGCUAAAAGCAUUGUUAAUGAUCCAUAUGCUGCUUAACAGUGGAACCUCAUUAAUACAGACACCAAGGGGACAUGCCACAAUGUCCGUUUUAUCAGAGUGUCCAUAUUAAGCAGGCUCUCAGGAAAAGAAAAGAAGAAAAAAUGUCAUGGACACUUGUUUUAUUGAUCUAGAGAUAAGAGCAGACAUUUUUAUGAGAAAACAUUGUAAGCGCAAUAACCAUAACAAGUUCAUGCUUAAGAAACCUCACAAUCAUUAAAUGAUCAUUAAAUGUGUCUCUUAGUUAUUUAUCAUAGUCUCAGACUAAAUCUACCUUGUCCCUUUCAAUUAUUUGUCGGGAAAUACAACAAAAGAAUCCAUGACUCUACUUUGUAUUGGUGCUCCAAGUUUGUGACUCAGCCAGGGGGACUGAACAGUAGACAGAACUUUUGACAGGUCAUUUGUGUUGUUUCUGUUAGUUAUUUACCUGUAAGAUAUUUAUUCAUAGACAGUGUGCAGAAAAGCAGUGUCCAUAACGUGGGGUUGAUAAUGAAUGAGAGUUUGUGACUCGAGUCACAGAAAAGUGUCCAUUGUCUGUAUUAACCAAUGUCUGUAUUAAGCGGUUAAUUUUAAAGAGAAUAUAAGAGCUUUUUCUGGACAAAUGAAACUGUCAGUUAUGUAUGGGUGUAUAUGUAGAGUGGGGUUGAACUGUAUUUUGACUGUUUCCCAUUUACAGUGCAUUCAUACCUGAUCGUUCACAACAGGCAACAAUUCAGGAAGAAUCAUUAUUAAAUUUUCUUAUUAUGAUUUGCUUUACAGAUUGUGUUGUAUGUGUUCUUUCCCGUUGCCGUGUUUGCGUUUUUCAAUAUGCCUGAAUCCUAUGAGGAAUUCAUGUCACAAAAAAAGGUUUGAACACACUUUUUAUUCACACCUUAUCCUUUCUUUUGAUAUGUUAGAGCAAGGGCUUGUUUCCUUUAAGUCUUAAGAGUGACCAACAACAAUUUUCUCCCAAAAAUAUCGAUACAUAUUAAUUAAAAAAACAGUUGUUGAGAAUAAAUAAAAUGAUCACCUAAGGGAAAAUGCGUUGAUCUUUAAACAGGGCUUCUGACAGGUCACGGAAGAAAAAGUCAAAUUUUGCAGGAUUUUUUUGGGUCAAAUUCGUGGAAAAAUUGGUCUAUUUCGCGGGAAUUUCUGAGGCAAACUUCACCAAAAAGCAAUCGGUAAAAAACGGCGGAUUUUGUGGUUAUUUUCAAGGCAAAUUUCACUAGAAAUCGAUCGGUUUUGUGCUGAUCAGACUAGUGUUUUUAACAUUUUUCUAACAGAGGUCAUCAUUUGUUCUCUCAACAACAAUACACUCUUUUUCAUAACAUAAUCUACCCCUGGUAGUUUCAGGACAUUGUUUGCACGUUUCAGUGGCGAAAGUUCUAUGAUAAAUUUGCAAGUUCACGGCAAUUAAAUAGCCCCAAUAGCUGAAAUACAUUUCAUAUAUAUUGUCCAGGCAUGUAUUUAAUAAGAUUUCUACCAAAUUUCUUGGUAUUUUUCGUGUUUUUGUGAAUUUCGUGAGAUUUCUCUCAACUAAUUCUGUUAGGAAAUGUAUGGAGAUCAGUUAGGAGAAUUUGUAUGUGGAUAAUGGGGCGUAAAGUGUUAAGCAGUGCAGUAUGUAGAGCAGGGUUCCACAGUUCAUGACUCAACAUAGCCAGUUCCUCUACGGGUGUAUCAUCGAACUAUGUUAAAAAAGUAUAAAAAUGAAGAGGAAGACAGAGGAGCAGUUUUAGAAACUUCUCCUCUUUCUUUUUUCUUUCUUGUCUCUGCUCCCUUCCCCCUAAUGCCCCCCCCCUGAUUGGACAGUCAAAACUCUCCUUUAAAUACCCUUGUAAGGUUUUCUUUUGAUGGCACAACCAUGAGUUUGAGUUUUGAUCAUUUUUUGUCUGUAAAGCGUGCAAAGAAAGUAGUGUCUGAUAGUGGAUUUUGCUAUUGGGCUAGUGAAUUCUGUUUUUAACUUGCCCGAUGUGUAAGUGAUGUUUUUUGAGGAAUUCGAAUAACAGAAGAACUGUGAAAUCAAUUCUGCUCAUCAAAAAGUUAUUGGGGCUAUAGUUGAAAUGAUAUCUGGGCUAGUAUUAUGCUAGCUUCAGCUUGCCCGACUUGCAAGCUGUAAAAGUGAUUUUCUUUGCACCCUGCUAUAGCCUGAAAUAGAUAAUAAACAAAUAUCAGAGAACCAUUUUCAAGGUCAAAGAAAAAUCCCUGUACUUUGUGUUUAUUUUAAAACCCCAAAAAAUUGUCAAAAAAAAAAAUGAACACAUGACAAAUAAUUUUAAAAACCAUUGUAACAAAGAAUAGUAGUAAUAUACCCCUUACUUGUCAGUUUUAUAGAUUCUUCCUCACAGUUGCUGCCUUUUUAUCCACAGAAAGAACUGUACCCACCAGAUCAAGACUGUCAU